GUGUUUGGUUCUUUUGAUUUGCGAUUUCCACAUGUUUUAUUUCUUUUCUAGUUUCAUGGUGCAAUAAAUAAAUUCAAUUUAAAUAAUGUCGCUCUUUAUUGUCGAUACAGAAAGAAAUUUAGAUCUCUUGAACGAUAUUGAUACUAAAAGUAUCACUAAUUAUUCAGAAGAAGAAACACUUUCAAAGAAACCAACGCCAUUUUUCCCAGGAGACAUCGAUCCCGGUUCAGAAGAGGAAGAUGAUGGAGAUUAUGGAGGAUUACCACCACCAAGUCAUGAUAUAUCCCACCUGCUUAAAAAAUUCACCGAAGCCCCGCCAAAAACAAAAGCAGAAUGUGACAUGGAAUAUGCUGUUAAUUCGGUGAAGGCUGCAGAUGCAGCCAAAGCUGAAAAGAAAUCAAAUAAACCCUUAAAAUACAAAAAUCGCCCUAACAAAGAUUUACUCUUUCACGAAUAUGACAAGAAAACUGGAAUCAUUUCGGAUGCAUUGUCACAAACAAAUUGCGCUGAAGAAUUAAAAGCAUCUACUUUAGAUGGCAUAGAAAAAGCAAAAGGUUUGCCAAAACUUCAUGAUAAAACACUACGCAAUAUAAGAAGGAUUGAAGCAGCUAAAACUAAGGGUGAAGGUUGGUUUAAUAUGGGAGCAACUGAAGUGACGGAAGAAGUUGAAAAUGAUUUGAAAAUUCUUCAAAUGAGAUCUGUGUUGAAUCCUAAACAGUUCUACAAAAAGAAUGAUCUUAAAGUACUGCCUAAGUACUUCCAGAUUGGAACUGUGCAACAUUCACCAUUAGAUUACUAUAAAGAACGUGAUACUAAACGAAACAAAAAGAAGACUUUGGUCGAUGAAUUGUUGGCUGAUGCUGAAUUCCAAAAAUUCAAUAAACGGAAGUACAAGGAAACAGUUGCGAAAAACGAUAUGUAUGCGCGUAGGAAGGCAAUGAAAAAGAUGAAGAAAUUAAAGAAGAAUAAAAAAUAAGAAAAAAA